AUGCAUCAAGAUCGACGAAACACUCCUAGGAGGUGGAGGUUCUUCUGGAUUUUACCAUUCAGGCUUAAGCCUUCUGUCUCAAACAUGGGCGCCCCUAGCAGUGCUCUUUGGGACUUUUGCGGGUUUGUGAAUGGCAGCUCAUUUCGGACCAAAUACUUCUUCGAUGACUCCACUAUGACUUUAACCCCAUGCGGAGAGUUUGCACUUGUCGUGACUCAAUCAUUUCCUUUGUUAUUUUUCACUAUCUCGAACAUGAUGUUAAUAUCGACAGGGUUCCCGAGGUUUGAAGAACACUCAGUCAUCUCUCGGAUCUUCACUUCUAAAAUAUUUAUCAGUGUCGUUACGGUCAUCUCAAUGACUGCUUCUUUUCCUGUUACUCUUCUUACAAGAUUCCAUGUAAAACCAGUACUGCUAAUUGAAUACGGGAUUUUGGCUUUUAUAUGGACAACUUUCGCUUCUUUGUGGACGUAUUCAAAAAUAGCUAAGAGCUGGACACGCACUCGUGGUCUCACCAUCGCAACAUUCUUUGCCUCAAAAGUUUUCUAUUUAAUCACUAUCAACAGAUGGAUCCUCUAUGGAUUCAAUGAUCCGAGGACUUACAUACUUUUUGGGGUGUCGAUGGCUCAUAUAUUUGGAUCUGUCGUAAACUUCAUUGAAUGGAGGCAAUAUAAAACUCUGCAACGUCUUAGAUCAGAUAGCGACGGUUACCUUCAACUUCAAGGAUGUUCUGAUGAAUCUGCUGGGUUCUUGUCGCGGAUUUUUUUCUGUUGGACCAAUGUGCUAAUUCAAAAAGGCGGGAAACUGCAGCUACAUUCGAUCGACGAUGUUUUUCUUCUGCCACCUUCGCUUGAAGUAGCUAGGAUUGAGCAUGAAAUGGUGGAAAACUCUCCGACCUUCUUUUCUGAUGGCCAACAUUUCUCUCUGUCUUCAGCUCUUUUAUCCACCUACGGAUUCGCUUUCUUUUCACUUGGCAUACUUCGAUUGGCGUCCGAUGGAUUCACAUUUGCUGGUCCUAUUUUGCUCCACGUACUUGUUGAAAUUUUGGAGAACCCCGCCCCAAAUUCACUUGGUUUCGUAUAUGCUGGUCUCAUGGUGCUUUGCUCUUUUCUUGCAGCUCUCUUCUCGGCAAAUUUCUUUUUCUACAUGCAAAAAAUCAGUCUGAAAGUUCGUACGGCUACUGUUACAGCUAUAUAUGACAAGUUGCUAAUGGUGCCUGUAAGCGAAAUGAGCAAGUUUUCUUCAGGAAUGAUCCUUAAUUUUAUCUCUACCGAUGUUGAUCGUAUCGUCAACUUUUGCAAUUCAUUUCACGCGUUUUGGAGUUUACCUGUUCAGCUGGGUAUUGCUCUGUACUUACUAUAUAGAGAGGUUGGCAUGGCAUUUCUUGCCGGUGUAAUGGUGGCUAUAAUUUUAAUUCCCCUUAAUAAAAAGGUCACAGAUAGUAUUGGGCGAAUGUCAGUCAAGUUGAUGCAUUGGAAGGAUCAAAGGAUCAAACUGGUUCGAGAAACAAUAGAAGGAAUCCGAGCUCUGAAAGCCUCUGCAUGGGAGCAUUGCUUCGAGAAGAAAAUAAAUGAGAUGAGGGAAAAGGAACUAAAGUAUUUGAAGGCUCGCAAAUAUCUCGAUGCUGUUUGUGUGUACUUAUGGGCUUCUGCUCCUCUUCUAAUCACUAUUUCUAUCCUCACGGCAUAUACUCUUAGCCUUCACGAAAAGCUUACGGCUGCAAAAGCAUUCACUUGCUUGGCACUAGUAAACAUCCUUAUAAUGCCACUCAAUGCUUUUCCUUGGGUGUUGAAUGGCCUAGUAGAGGCUCUAGUGUCUCUUAGAAGACUGAUGCGCCUCUUUGCACUAAACAACAUGGAUGUGCAUGAUGUUUAUACACUUUCAGGAGAUAAAGACACUUUGAUGUACGUCAGAGAAGGGAAUUUCUUCUGGAGAGGUUCGAAACAAGCCAUAAGCGGAGUUUCAUUUUAUGGGAAGAAGGGCAAAAUCAUCGGAAUAACUGGAGAUGUUGGGAGUGGCAAAUCGACGCUUUUACUAGGCUUACUGGGCGAGACGAAGUCUCUCACAGAAUGUAUAGGAAUCACUCAAGAUAGCGUUUCUAAUGGAAUUGGCUACUUGGGACAAGAACGAUGGCUUUAUCGAGGUACUGUGCGAGACAACAUAACGGCUGGAAAGGAUUUCGAUGCUAAACUUUAUGAUGCUGUAUUGAAAAUGACCUGCUUACAGAGGGAUAUUAACCUUAUGCCUGGCGGCGAUCUGUACGAGAUUUCUGAUAGUGGUGCGACUUUAAGCGGCGGGCAACGCACUCGUGUUGCUCUAGCUAGAGCUCUUUAUCAGGACAAUUCAUUGUAUCUUCUUGACGAACCGAUUGCAUCUCUUGAUCGACGUGUUGCUGAUUACGUUUGGGUAGAAGCGAUUGAGAAGAGAUUAAGAGAUCGUGGCCGAUUGGUAAUUGUGGCAACUCAUGAUGCAAGAGUGCUAGCCAGAACUGAUGAAAUUAUUGUGUUAGGAAGUGAUGGUAAAGUUGCCAAAAAAGGCAGUCCUGAACAAAUUCUUGGUACGGAGGUUAUGAAACUUGGGGUUGACGAGGAGGAGUCGGGUGUUGAGACUGAACUGGAACGUGUUGUGCUCCAGGAUGAGGAGAGGCAGGUGGGACGGGUGCGAGCGUCCGUUGCCAAUGCAUACAUCCAAGCUACAGGGCCCUUUCUUAGUGCCGUCAUCUUAGUGGCUUUAUGUUUGAUGCAACUCUCAAAGAAUGCUGCCGAUUGGUGGUUGAGCAGAUGGACCGAAGGUCAAAGUAACAUUACGGAAAACUCUUCCUCUCCUGGUUUAAACCGCUUGUUGUUUGGUCCUAGAAAUAUUGAUCUGCUGGAAGAAGAACAAAUGGACCGCUCCAUCUAUUUCCUAAUCGUUUAUGCAGGCAUAGCUACAGCUAACACAAUAUUCACAUGCAUUCGGGCAUUCCUUUUUGCCUACGGUGGAAUUCAAGCUGCUAGGCAUCUCCACUCGAAUCUACUCCACAAACUGCUCAAGGCAUCAUUAUCAUGGUGGGAUCGCACACCGUCUGGACGCGUGAUCAAUCGAAUUUGUGCAGAUGUCUAUACUUGUGAUGAUAAUUUGCCGUUUCAGUUAAAUAUUCUUCUCGCUUCCCUUUCCAAUCUGCUCGGAACGCUGGUGAUCACAAUUAUGGGUUUGCCACUUAUGACACCAGUCAUUCUCAUAUUGUUGACAGUUUACUAUUUCAUUCAAAAGUACUACAGAUUAACAACUGUCGAACUGAAACGCUUAACCUCUUUGAGUUUGUCCCCGUUUUAUUCCCUCCUUUGUGACACAGUUAACGGACUUGUAACUAUCAGGGCCCAGCGAUUCGUGGAAAGAUUCGCAAAGGAGCUGCGCGAAAGACUCACAGUAAACAUAAGAGCACAAUUUUCUACAUUGGCCGCCAGUCAGUGGUUAUCAGUCCGCCUGUCGCUGAUUGCCGUAGGGAUUGUCGCUGCGAUAUCUUUUUCAGCUGUGGUUCAACACCAGAUUUUGGGGGUCGAUUCGGGUCUCGUUGCUCUCGCUAUAACUUAUGCUCUCUCAUUAACAAGUCUGCUUAAUGGUUUGUUGGGCUCAUUCAUUGAAACUGAGAAGGAAAUGGUUGCUGUGGAAAGGAUAAAUGAUUACCUCACUAAUAUUCCUGAAGAACAGAACGAGCACAAAGAUGAGACUCAUAUGCAAUUUGCGGGGAAAAUUGAGUUCAAAAAUGUGUUCCUGAGAUACAGCAGAUAUUUACCUCUUGCUCUGGACGACAUAAAUAUUUCUAUAGAGGCUGGAGAGAAGGUAGCCAUAAUUGGAAGGACGGGAAGUGGAAAGUCGAGUUUAUUCCAGGCGUUACUACGCAUGGUCUCUAUUGAAUCCGGACAGAUAUUACUUGACGGUGUUGAUACUGCGUCAUUAUCUUUACCAGUACUUCGACGAAUAUUUGGUGUAGUGCCACAACAUCCAUUUAUAUUCAGUGGAUCUCUAUACGAAAACUUGGCUAUAGGUUGCGAGUACGUAACCGAAGAUCAAGUUGCCAGCAUUGCUCGAGUCACCCUCCUUGAUUCUCUUAUGACCAGAAUUGGUGGGCUAAAUGGUCAGAUCGAGGAAAGCGGUAAAAAUGUGUCCUUCGGGGAGCGGCAGAUCAUUUCAAUUUGCCGAAUUUUGUUGGCCAGAUGUAAGGUUGUCCUAAUUGACGAAGCAACUUCCCAUUUGGAUGGUGCGGUUCAUCGACAAAUGAUGUCUUUGAUAUCCACCCACUUACCGACAGCUACUGUAAUCUGUAUCACUCAUGGUAUGGAUGGACUGUCAGACUUCGACGCUGUAGUCGAGAUGGAAAAUGGAAAGGUCAUUAGCAAAGGGCCGCCCAUUGUGGACAAUAUAUCACAUGAAGUUCUGUCGUAA